AUGGCUGAUUCAACGAAACCCCGGGUAAUCCUUGGACUUAUGACCUAUGGUCCUGAGACCUGUAAAGACUGCCGCAUCACUUCCAUGACCGAAUUUCAACACCACCUUGACAUGUUUCAAAAAACCCACGGGUACAAUGAAAUCGACACGGCCCGCAUAUAUGCAAGUGGCGAGCAGGAGCGUUUCACUGCCGAGGCCGGCUGGAAAGAGCGUGGAUUUGAGUUAGCUACGAAAUCCUAUCCUCAAAUACCGGGUGCACACAGGCCGGCAAACCUCCGUAAGGAUCUGGAGACUUCUCUGUCCGAGCUGGGCGCGGAGCAGGUGGAUAUUUUCUACCUGCACGCGGCCGAUCGCUCCGUGCCGUUCACUGAGACAUUGAAGGAGGUGAAUAUGUUGUACAAAGAAGGAAAGUUCAAGAAACUCGGUCUCAGUAACUACUCUGCAUACGAGGUGGCAGAGAUUGUAAUGAUCUGUAGCGCCAGAGGGUGGGUCAGACCGACUAUCUACCAAGGGGUUUAUAAUGCAAUUGCUCGAAACCUUGAAACGGAAGUGAUCCCGGCCUGUCAUCGCUAUGGUCUGGAUGUGGUUAUAUACAACCCGCUCUGUGGAGGGUUACUGACAGGACGGUACACUAGCGCUACCGGCGAUUGCAGUGGUCGUUAUGACACAAAUACCUUCCUAGGGCCUAUCUACCGAAGCAUGUACUUCAACGAAAACAACUUCCGAGCAAUCGACAAGAUCCGAGCGGCUGCAGGAAAGCAUGGUUUGUCGAUGACAGAGGUUGCACUCCGUUGGUGUGUCCACCACUCAGCCCUGAAACCUGCACAAAAGGGUGGCCUUGAUGGAGUGAUUAUCGGAGUUAGUAGGGCCGAGCAGCUUUCUCAAAAUAUCACAGAUCUGUGGAAGGACCCGUUGCCCAAAGAGGUUGUCGAGGCUUUGGACACUGCAUGGGUGAUUGCGAAGGGAACCAGUCCGAACCCUUGGCAUACGCCAUUAGUCUAUACGUACGAUGCAAAGAAUGCCCUUUUCGAUGAAUAA